GCAGGAUGCCUCUACCAACAUUUUCCUAGCGACCUUCACAACAGCUUGGGCUCGUCUCAAGCUGUAUAGUGAAAUGGAGAAGUUGGGUAGAGAUGUCCUGUACCACGACACAGACUCCAUCAUCUAUGCCUCGAAUGGCCGCAAUGAUCCCCCCUUGGGCAACUUCCUGGGUGAAUUUACGGAUGAACUGGAGGGUGAUGUCAUCAAAACCUUUGUCUCUGGAGGACCGAAAAACUAUGCUUAUCAGACGGCCACUGGGAAAACCUGCUGCAAAGUCCGAGGAUUUUCAUUGAAUUUCCGGAAUUCUCAGUUGCUGAAUUUUGAAAGUAUGAAACGGUUGGUCUGCAGCCUCGACCGAAGUGAGAUCAUCUCUCUCCACAACCCCUCCAAAAUCACCCGAGAAGCGAAGAGAAGAAAGGUGAUGAAUAAACCCGAGACAAAAAUGUACAGAAUUGUGUUGGAUAAACGGGUAAUUCAAAAAGACUUGAGCACAUUGCCGUAUGGUCAUUAGUAUAUUGAAGAAGAACUUUUUAUGUUUAUGUUAGAACCUUAUCUGAAAAUGAAAUUUUGUAUGUAAAUAUAUAUAUAUAUAUAUAUAUAUAUAUAUGCAGAAUCAUGCAUUUGUAUGUGUAU